GGCGGAGCCUUGCUUGCGUACCUCCUCGGGACUCGGCUCUGCCGGAGCCGGGGGCUUUGCUGCGGCGGCUGCGGUCGCGGCGGCGGUGCGGGCCAGAGAUUGAAGUGAACCACAGAUACUUACUGACUACUCUCUGCCAACAUGGGGGAGCUUUUCCGGAGCGAGGAGAUGACGCUGGCCCAGCUGUUUCUACAGUCAGAAGCUGCUUAUUGUUGCGUCAGUGAAUUAGGAGAACUCGGAAAGGUUCAGUUUCGUGAUUUAAAUCCAGAUGUGAAUGUUUUCCAGAGGAAAUUUGUGAAUGAAGUUAGAAGAUGUGAAGAAAUGGAUCGAAAGCUUCGAUUUGUUGAGAAAGAGAUAAGGAAAGCAAACAUCCCAAUUAUGGACACUGGUGAAAACCCAGAGGUGCCCUUCCCCCGGGACAUGAUCGACUUGGAGGCCAACUUCGAGAAGAUUGAAAAUGAGCUGAAGGAAAUCAACACCAAUCAGGAAGCUCUGAAGAGGAACUUCCUGGAACUGACUGAAUUAAAAUUUAUACUUCGCAAAACUCAGCAGUUUUUUGAUGAGGCUGAAUUGCAUCAUCAGCAGAUGGCGGAUCCAGACCUGUUGGAAGAAUCCUCGUCACUCUUGGAGCCAAACGAGAUGGGAAGAGGCACUCCUUUAAGACUUGGCUUCGUGGCUGGUGUGAUUAACCGGGAGCGGAUCCCUACCUUUGAACGCAUGCUUUGGCGGGUGUGCCGCGGGAAUGUGUUCCUGAGACAGGCUGAAAUCGAGAACCCGCUGGAGGAUCCCGUGACUGGCGACCACGUGCACAAGUCUGUAUUCAUCAUUUUUUUCCAAGGCGAUCAGCUGAAAAACAGGGUCAAGAAAAUCUGCGAAGGGUUCCGAGCCUCCCUCUAUCCCUGUCCUGAGACUCCACAGGAGAGGAAAGAAAUGGCUUCCGGAGUCAAUACCAGGAUCGAUGAUCUCCAGAUGGUUCUCAAUCAAACAGAGGACCACCGCCAGAGGGUUCUGCAAGCAGCUGCUAAGAACAUUCGGGUCUGGUUCAUCAAGGUGCGGAAGAUGAAGGCCAUCUACCAUACCCUGAACCUGUGCAACAUAGAUGUGACCCAGAAGUGCUUGAUUGCAGAAGUCUGGUGCCCUGUCACUGACCUUGACUCCAUCCAGUUUGCACUUAGAAGAGGCACGGAACACAGCGGUUCUACUGUCCCCUCCAUUCUGAACAGGAUGCAGACAAACCAGACUCCCCCAACGUACAACAAAACCAACAAGUUCACAAACGGCUUCCAGAACAUAGUAGAUGCUUAUGGGAUUGGGACUUACCGAGAGAUAAACCCAGCUCCAUACACCAUCAUCACUUUCCCUUUCCUGUUUGCUGUGAUGUUUGGAGAUUUCGGGCACGGCAUUUUGAUGACGCUUUUUGCUGUGUGGAUGGUGUUGAGGGAGAGCCGGAUCCUCUCCCAGAAGAACGAGAAUGAGAUGUUUAGCACCGUGUUCAGUGGUCGAUACAUUAUUCUUCUGAUGGGAAUAUUCUCCAUCUACACUGGUCUCAUCUACAAUGACUGUUUUUCCAAGUCUCUGAAUAUCUUUGGGUCAUCGUGGAGUGUACGGCCAAUGUUCACUCAAGGGAACUGGACGGAUGAGACGCUUCUGGGAAGCUCUGUUCUCCAGCUGAACCCAGCUAUCCCUGGAGUUUUUGGUGGACCGUACCCAUUUGGCAUUGAUCCAAUUUGGAACAUCGCAACCAAUAAACUGACCUUCCUUAACUCCUUCAAGAUGAAGAUGUCUGUUAUUCUUGGGAUCAUCCACAUGCUCUUUGGAGUCAGCCUGAGCCUUUUCAACCACAUCUAUUUCAAGAAGCCCCUGAAUAUCUACUUUGGCUUUAUUCCUGAAGUAAUCUUCAUGACCUCCUUGUUUGGCUACCUGGUCAUCCUUAUCUUCUAUAAGUGGACAGCCUACGAUGUCCACUCGUCUAAGAAUGCACCAAGCCUCCUGAUCCACUUCAUCAACAUGUUCCUCUUCUCCUACCCAGAGUCUGGUAACGCGAUGCUGUACUCGGGGCAGAAAGGGAUUCAGUGUUUCCUCAUUGUGGUUGCCAUGCUUUGUGUCCCUUGGAUGCUGCUCUUUAAGCCCCUGAUCCUGCGCCAUCAGUAUUUGCGGAAGAAGCAUUUGGGAACUCUCAACUUUGGUGGGAUCAGGGUGGGCAACGGACCGACAGAGGAGGAUGCUGAGAUUAUUCAGCAUGACCAGCUCUCCACCCAUUCAGAGGACGCAGACGAGUUUGACUUUGCGGACACCAUGGUCCACCAGGCCAUCCACACCAUCGAGUACUGCCUGGGCUGCAUCUCCAACACGGCCUCCUACCUGCGACUCUGGGCCCUCAGCCUUGCGCAUGCACAGCUCUCUGAAGUCCUCUGGACCAUGGUGAUCCACAUUGGCCUGCAUGUCCGGAGUCUGGCCGGAGGGUUUCUGCUGUUCUUCAUCUUCGCCGCCUUUGCCACCCUGACUGUGGCCAUUCUGCUGAUCAUGGAGGGCCUCUCGGCCUUCCUCCACGCCCUGCGGUUACACUGGGUGGAAUUCCAGAAUAAAUUCUACUCCGGGGCCGGUUUCAAGUUCCUCCCCUUCUCCUUUGAGCAUAUCCGGGAGGGGAAGUUCGAUGAGUGAGUCUCCGGCAGGGCGCAUACCCAGAACAGUUCUUCCCCCUUGCCUCCACAGGGAUUGUCUGUGUUCCUUUUGCCUGUUGGUUGUGAUCCCUGGAAACCAGGGCAUUUGUGUGACCCCUGCGACCCCCACCCCAGCUGUGAGUCGUUUAG